GUGCGUAGCAGGAGGCGCGGCCGAGCUACAGCCUACAGACACAUCGCUUUCCGCUUCCGCCGCCAGGCCGUCUCCUCCGACCUCUCGCGCCUCACCCUCCUCUAAACCCCUGGUUGAACCCUAGCCACCGCCUCCGGGGAGCAUGCACGCCAGGCUGCUCGGCGCUCCGUCCCGCGCCUCCGCCUGCACCUCCUCCUCGUCCUUCCCCUCCGCCGGCCGCCACCCGUGCCGCGCGUCCUGGAAGCCGCGGCCGCCAAGCCGGAGCUCCGCCUCGCCGCCGCCUCUCUCGCUGUUGCGCGCCGGCGCAUCCAUGGAGCCCGCUUCGACGGAGGGGCAGAGCGACCCGACUGUGCACGGCGUGGCCGAUAGGGUCGUUGGGGUGCUGGGGGGCGGCCAGUUGGGGAAGAUGCUGUGCCAGGCGGCCAGUCAGAUGGGGAUCAAAGUGGCCAUCCUGGACCCCCUCAAGGACUGCCCCGCAAACUCCGUCUGUCACGAGCAUGUCGUGGGGAGCUUUAAUGAUGGUGACGCGGUCCGUGAGUUCGCGAAGAGGUGUGAUGUUCUAACUGUGGAAAUUGAGCAUGUGGAUGCUGUGGCACUUGAGAAGCUUGAAAAACAGGGUGUUGUUUGUGAACCCAAAGCCUCUACCAUCGCGAUUAUUCAGGACAAGUACAGGCAGAAAGGCCAUUUCUCAAAAUUUGGAAUUCCGAUAGCUGACUUUGUUGAAGUUGAUACUUUAAGUAGCAUAGAGAAUGCUGGGGAAAUGUUUGGCUAUCCCUUAAUGGUUAAAAGCAAAAGAUUGGCAUAUGAUGGUCGUGGGAAUGCUGUUGCUCACAAUAAAGAGGAGCUAUCUUCUGUUGUUUCUUCACUGGGUGGAUUUGAGCAUGGCCUGUAUGUUGAGCGGUGGACACCUUUUGCGAAGGAACUGCAUUUUGGGGUUUCCAAGUUAACCCCAGUUAACCUUGUGGUUGACAUUGCAAAUGAUCCGCAGUAG